AGGAAAAAUCCAUAGCAUGACAUGUAACUGUGUCAUUUCUAUACACUUGUAUCUUAAAAUCUGUUAGAUAAAAAAAAUAUAUAUACUGUAAAGAGCUUGGUGAAACAAAAUGGCUGGCUCUCAAGUUGAAGCAAUGCAAAUGCAGCUGCAGUCAUCACGCAAGGCAAUCUUGUUCAUGGAAAGUGAACAUGCAAACACAUUACGGGGUUUGCAUAAAGAGAUACAGCAGCUGCAGAAGAAAUGCUCAGAACUUACAUUUGAGUUGGCCAUGAAAGAUGAUAACACAGACUCGAUGUCACCUGACAGAUAUCGUGAAGAACAACUAGAGCGUGACGUGAAUGAACUGGUGGAUGAAAAGAUCAAACUUGUGCAAGAGGUUGAACAACGUGAUCGGCAAUUAGUUGAACUUGAAGAACAUGCAAGAGCACAGGAGCGAAUGUAUCUCAAUGAGUUGAAGGCCAAGAAUCAUCGCAUCACUUCUCUUAUGAAAGAGUUAGAUGCGCGGUCGACCACAGUUGCAUACGUCACAACCCAACUUCACCAAGCUCGCUCAAAGCUACACAGUGUGCGACAGAUGCAACAACAAGUUGCUGGCAAUGUUCUUGCGCCAACACCACCCGUUGGCCAGAGGAAAUAUGAAGGAGUCCACAGAUCCUCCAAGUCCAUGGAAGAUGGGUCUCGACCCAACAGCGCUCGGCAUCUGAGAGGAAGACAUUCAAUCCCCUCCUCCAGGUUGGAUUCCAGAGAAGGAUCACGACCUAAUUCUUCCUCCUCUUCAUCUUCAAGAGACAAUCAUCGCGAUAUGAAACAGUUUGAUCCAAGCCCAAUGCCUGAUCCUGGUCCAUUUUUGCGAGCUGGGUCAAAGGAGGUUAAAAUGACUGUCUAUGCGCCUAGACCCCCCUCAGUUCUGCCUCCCAUUCAUAAAAAUAUGGCCGCUAAUGUAGAUCAAGAUCCAAAUGGGAAUGAGGUCCUAAUAUCCUGGCAACAACAGGGUCGAGUAAAUGCUUAUGCACAAGCACCAUCAGCUCAAGAAUUUGCAGUCAAGCGGGUGGCUACAAAUGUAUCACCCGAAAGAAAAGUUAAUGAAAGUGGAGUUUAAAAUAUGUAGUAGCCAUUUUUCUCAAUUUCUGUACAGUCCCCAUUUUGCACUCAUUUAGCUGUGAUUGUCAUUUUUAUUCAUUUCGUUUUAACUGUCAAUUAAAUUGGUCGAAGUGUUCUUCAUUGUAUGGUAGGUUUGGUAUAUAACCACAUAGUAAACGUCGUACUGCCUUCACAGGAGUCACCUUUAUCUGACCCGCAAUUAGUUGCAGCACUGUACUCUAAAAGUUCCUUAUUUUACCUACACCUUUUCUUACGAUGUAAACUGUUUAGGUUUUAAAAAUCUUACUUUAAAUAGGAGAUUUUUUGCAUUCUCUGGUACACCAUGCUUACACUUUUAAAGCUUUAAAAUGAUUUUUUUAUUCUUCUGUGUAAGAUGAAGUAUGGCAGAAACUCAUCAUCAAAUAAAAUGUGCGAUAUUUCAG